CUAAGGCGACUUGUUAUGAUCCUGAAGGUAAAAUAUUUUUUUGGUCUUCAUAGGAAUGUCAUAUCAAGGUACACGGAACACCUCAAUAUCCUUAACAAAUCUCGUAUCGUAUCCUAACAACUUGGUAGAACCCAAGUUUAGUGUUCUACAUAGACAAACACCUUAUGCCCGUCUCGAAUCCUCGACACACAAGUUUGUUGUCCAAUAUUUCACCAUUUUGUCCAGUUCACCUGUGCUUGUGUUAGAUGGCAGAUUACAAAACGGAAGAGGAAAUAUGGAACAGCAAUCGACGAAAAUUAAGUAAUUAUCUGGAGAAGAAGAAUGGCCGAGGAAGAAGCUGUGCAAGUGAUGAAGGAAGCAGAAACCCACUCAGCCAUCCCCGUUUUGGUAAAUACAGACCAAACAGGACUCUGUCUCAUCCUCCUUUGGGUCACACAUUUCCCAGUGUAAAUUGUUUGAAUAAGGAGCCUUCUAAAUACAGCCAUCAGCACACACAGCACCGGAACUCUACAUGGCCUUAUGGAUAUAAAGUUCUUCCAUCGCCACAAACAACCAGAGAAGAAGAAGAAGAAGAAGAAGAAGAAGAACUGACUCAUCAUAAAACCGAUAAAGGAACCUUCCAAAAGAAGAAUGAAGAACAGAUUAAUAGAAUUAUCUGCAAAGAGAUUUUAUAUGAAGACAUCCUGCAUCCAGUCAUUUCAGACGUAUUAUAUGAGACUGCUCACUGGACAUUCCAGUUCUAUGCUCAGAAAUUCUACAAGAGAGACUUAGAUGAGCUCCUCAGUGUGGCUAAUCUCAAGUUGGUUGAUUCAAUGGUUUUCGAACAACUUCUGUACCAUGAGGCCCAACCAAAGAAACUCUGGACAGAUUCUGAAGUAGCUGAGAAAGCUCUUGAUGCAAUGAUCCUGAAUGCUGUUUUGGACCAUCAGUGCCACAUGUUUACCACAUGUGCAGUGACACAGGAAUGCCAGAUGUUGCAGAAUGUUCAGCUGAAUGCAGUAACAGACAUUGCUUUGGAUGUUUUAAUGGAACAACUUGUGGCCUCGUUGAGUGAAGAUCUCAAAGACCUGGAUGAUUAUCAGACUGGAUCCAUGCUAUGAAUUCCAGCAGCUCAUGAGAUGUAUAUAUUAGACAAUGAAAUCCAUUUAUUAACCCUCUGCCUCUCCUGUGUAUCACAUGUGGUACAAAGGAUAUAUUUCCCUGGCAUCCAAGCAGCAUCAUAUGAAACACAUUUCCAAUUAUUUUUUUCUUUUUCAACCUCCGUAGUAACUUUGGGCUUACGAAAGGAAAGCUUUGUAUUACGCACAGCAUUUCAAAUAGGCCUACCUACCAAAACUCUGAAAACGAGCAUGGACGUUUAAGAUGAAAUUUGCUUGGACAGGCAAAUGGUUCAAUCAAGAACCUGUUUAUCUAUUUGUCUGUCUGUCUAUCUAUCUGUCUAUCUAUCUAU